AUGGCGGCCUUGCCAGCAGGUGUUCAGUAUGCGUUAUCAUCGGAGGCUAGUUAUAAAGAAAACAAGGAACUAGUGUUUGUGAAAUUAACGGAUUCAGCACUAAAAGCUAUAGAAGACUUCAUUAGAAAUAAUAGGGACAAAUUGGCAAAACCUAAAAUAGAGUUCCUACCCGGAAAUCAAGGGAAAAUUUCCAUUCCGACGCCAAGUAGUAGCAAUGGGACGUCGUCGGAGUCAACGUUUCGUUUUAGCAUCAACAGCAAUGCGGAAAUGGAGGGUCCACAGGGUUCAUUCGAGUGCGUUAGGAGCGGUGGCGCCAAACGUCUGGAAUCGUGCGGCCCGCUGCCGAGAAGGAUGCGAGUACAGGCCAACGACGACUCAUACGAGGCGACCAAGGACCGUAUGUCGAGGACCAUAGCUGCCGAACAGAGCAAAUGCACACGUGUCAUUAAACCAAACCAAACGGAUAUCGGGAGACGCGUCAAGGUACGAUCCUGCGGGUUCGCGAAUGGACCAGCGGCUCAGCUCGCCGCGCGGUUAGAGAGGGCUGAGCGUCCUGAGCGUAUUGAGCGUCCUGAGCGUCCUGAGCGUCCUGAGCGGCCUGAGCGACCUGAACGUCCUGAGCGACAGGAUCGUCCCGAACGACAGGAAUGGCCCGAAAGACCCGAGCGACAGGAACGUCCUGAAAGGUCUGAAAGGCCCGAGAGGCCUGAGAGGCCCGAACGUCAAGAGAGGCCGGACAGAAUAGAGAGGGUUGAGAGACCGGCGCCGGCGCCCCGGCCGCAGCCCCCCGCCCCGGCGGCCGCGCCCCCGCACACACAGCCGCAGCGACCACCCCCCAACCCAGACCUCACCAGGCGGCCUCUGAAAGAAAGACUUAUACAAUUAUUAGCACUGAAACCCUUCAAGAAGCCAGAACUAUACGCAAGACUCAUAAGCGAGGGUAUCAAAGAAAAGGAGCGUAGUAUGGUUAACAAGAUACUGCCAGAGAUUGGAACGCUCAAGGACAAUUGUUACCACUUACGUAGACAUAUAUGGAAUGAUGUUAACGAGGAUUGGCCUUUCUACACCGAAGAUGAGAAACAUAUGCUGAAGAGGCGGAAACCUCAAAAUCUAACACCGCCUUUGAGCAGCGAUUCGGCCAAUUCUCUAUCGCCUCGCGCGUCGCCCGGCAAGCGGCCGUCCGUGCCAGGAGACGAGCUGCCGGCCAAGAAGCAGCGCAUCUCACACUACAGGCGACCAUCACCACCCUCAUCUGGGUACGCGACCACCUCCUCCGGCGAGCGACAUGCCUCUGACAACGAGGACGACCGCACCGCGAGCGAGGAGGUUCCUGUAAAGAAACAGCGCGUUUCUCAGUCCAGACGGUCUUCACCACCCUCGUCAGGGUACGCGACCACCUCCUCCGGCGAGCGACAGGCCUCUGACAACGAGGACGAACGGACCGUUAAAAAGGACAAUGGGUAUACUCUCAACUUCACAACCGUUAAAGAUCUCUGUCCAAGUCCUGUUAAAACGAAUGGUUUCAGUAGAAGUAGUCCUCCUGUAGAGCAAACGAGUAUCACAGUAAAAGACAUCACAACGGAACCAUUAGAAAAUACAGCUUUAACGUCCGUGCCUGAAGAAAAUAAUACGACUGAUUUGGUAGACAUUGAAAGGCAAUAUCCUCCAAUAACAAGUUCCAGUACUCGUCGCGCAUACAAGAACGAGUUUGCGAAUCUGUACACAGAGUAUCAAUCGUUGUACGGUCGUGUGGCGCAGGUGGCAGCACUGUUCACACAAUUAGAACAACAACUCAAAAGAGCCGAGCCUAAGAGCCCAUAUCAUAGGAGCAUAGAACAACGUAUUGUAGAAGAGUAUCAUCGUAUGCGUAACGAUGCCGACUAUCAGCGUGAGAGGCGGCGCGUUAAUUAUUUACAUCGUAAACUAAACCACAUCAAGAGAAUGGUGCAUCAGUACGACCAGCUGGUGAGUAGAAACACACAAACAGACACACACUCACUCACAGAGAUAUACACACACAGCAUAGACAUACACACAGACACAUUCAAAUACAUAUGUGUAUAG